AUGUGGCUCAUUGCGCUUGCUACUCCUACCUUCUCCACAGCUGCAACUGAGUCUCCUCCUCCGAUGAUCGUUGUCACACCCUUGGCGCAUGCACUCAUACAGCUAUUAAAUACCUCAGUUCCGGCGGCAAACUUCUCAAACUCAAAAACUCCCAUUGGCCCAUUCCAAAUCACAGUUUGGGUAGUCUCCAAGGCUUCGUUGAACGUCUUGAUAGAAUCUGGACCAAUGUCAAGCCCCAUCCAGCCAUCCGGAAUGGCUGAUGCCGGCACAAUCUGUCAAGGAAAAAAAUACUUCAAUAUAAUUUCCUCCUCGAUAAACUAUACACUGAAACAUGGGCUUAAAGCACCAUUUAUAAGAAACAAACCUGGCUGUUAG